CCGGGGAAAAUCCUUUCGUUGGUGGCUACAACAUCCUUGGAUUCACGGACAGGUCUCGAUCACCUGGUGAUGUUGUGCAAUUCAAGCUACGUCCACGUCAUGUCUCUGGUCUAUGGGGGCGUGGAUCUCCUCCACGGCCGACUCCUUUGAUGCCACCCCACAUCCGCUGGAACGACCACCAACGACGAAUGGUCUUGCCGUUUACAUGAGCCCAACGCGGCUCACGACCAGCUUUCGCUCCCAAUCCCAAACAUAUUUGGACGCUGGGGUGGAGUACUCGCCGUCAACUAAAUGCGCUGGGGCGUCUUCGCCGAACAUGGUCACGCCAAUGUACGGGCAGUCGUCGAAGUCAUACGUGGCGUCCGCUUCGAGUCGUGCCAGAAGGUUCGGGGCGAAGUCGACCGGGAUGAGAGCUUCUUCAAGGACACAUGGCUUGGCUUUGACCAUUUCCUUUAGCACCUGCAUCGGUUCGUACGUCGACGGUGUUGGGGAUCGCGGGAAGCGGGAAUUCGCCUGUGCCUUUAUGUACGCGAUCGCGUCAGCAGGAGGCAUUGCCGCCAACGAGAUUGGCGUCGCCAGGAAAGUUGGCCAUGCCGGGUGCGGCGUCCGCAGUAGAAACUUAAACACGUCGUCGCCUUCUAGAGUGUGCAGCCGAUGGACGAGCCUGAAGCACGCGUGGAGGGCUCGGUCGUAUUGAUCUUGCAUGUCUUUGGACCGGACGUGAUCCAUCAGAAAGAACUGGCUCCACAUCGCGAACGCGUGUUGCUCAAAGAAGCUCGACAACGAAGCGCUCCACGCCAUGCGACCACGUUGCCCCGUGGGAAGGAAUGUGUGGAAGUGUUGGCUCCAUUUAAGCCAAGGCUUCGUCUUUAAAACCGCAUCGUACGUAGCUUUCACGCCUCCCGAUCCUGGGGCAGGCAUGAUCGCGGCACCAACGUGGAUCACAUGCUUGUUGGGUUGUCCUUUGGGAGCGCCAACGUAGUUGGUGAUGGUGUCGUUGGCUGUCUGUUUUGGCUUCGUAGGUUUGGGCUUGGUCGUGUCAGGUUCAUCGUUGAGAACACGCAAUUUUUUGUCUCGCUCCCGCCGCAAGAAAUUGCUCACUGCAGCCGCCCCGCGCUCGCUAGGCCGCCGCCUACCAUCUGGAACCGGUGCAGGUGUUUCGGCUGCCGGUGUGCCACUGUUCUUGUCCGUGGGACCAUCCUCGUCGAGUGUGGGGACAUCGACAGGAGCGCUAGGGGCAGCACUGCGGUCUCGUUCGUCAUUUAGACCCCGUAGCUUUGCAUCUUGUUCGCGUCGCACGAUGUUGCUCAGAGCCGCCGCACCGCGCUCGCUUGGUCGCCGCCGUACUUCAAAGGUGGGUGGUUGCGCAGCGGGGUUAAUCCUCUCAUGCUUGGUGUCUUCAUCAAAUGAAGUCAAAGAGCCAGGUGCAACCGUGCGGGCUCUUCGCUUGCGGAGAAGGGCAACCUGUUGCGGAGACUUUGUCCGAGUUGUUCUGUUCAGUGUACUUGUGGCUCCUGGCACCGGGACAUCGACGAUUAACUUCGGCUUUUUUGCGGAUGGGGUCGGGGUAGCUUGCGCAAUCCGAUCAUCGGACUUGGACGUUCGUCGCUUGGUCGGCUUGGUGGAGGCAGUAGGACUUGCUGGUUGUGAAUGCCUCGUCAGCGCCAUUCCAUGCACGACGGUCACGUUUGAAGAAGCUUCUGGGGAAGUCGCAGGAGCACCCAUGUCGGCAAACGCCGACUCCACCAACUUUGAAUCCAACGGAACAGAAAAUAUCGUCACGUUUUCGUCGCCACCCACAAACCUGUUGACCUUGUCUUGGUCCUUGUCGGCAAAUGCAGCAGCCAAUUCACGCAGACCUCUGGCGUUUCUUGUCUGGAACGUUGCUUCAAUCCACGUCACGAAUCUCUCAAUGUCUCGAGAUGUGGAGUCUGUUCCACUGCUCGACUUUGUUGUGGCGACACCGUCCGAGUUGGCCUUAGCAAACCCAAGUGCUAGGGCCUUCGUGCGACUCGAUUGAUCCUGCAAUUCGUCAACCAACUUACUGGCGGCAGCAAACGACGCCAUAACCUGGCGCCCCAAUGCCUCCACUUUCUCGACCUCAUCCACCACAGCUCGAGUCUUCUUGGUGCUCAUGUUGGUCCAACCGUUCAUUGCGCCGCCGUGUCUGGAUACCGACGGUGGACGAG